UGGAGAGCCGUGACUAAAUACAAGCGCCGCUGAAUAUUCAAAGUUGUCUCACGUCGUUUUUGUUUUUUUUUUUUGUUUUUGGUUAACACAGGCAUAAACAAAUAUCUCCAUGCUGAUAAUAAAUAUGAUCAAAUUUGUAUUUUCGUGCUACUCGUCUGCGGCCUAACCGAGAUGAAAUCCACGACCCACCUGUAGAAAAAUGGCCGUCGUCGACGGGACCCCAGAGCCGACCACGACCCUCACAUUGUCCACAUCAACUACUUUAACGCAGCCUAUCUACAGCGCAUGAAUCAUCCGACGCUCUUAUCCUGUCACCGAGAGGAGCGAGCGAGCGAGCGAGCGAGCGAAGCCGAGUGCGGCAAGAAAAGGAGAGGAUAGCCGGAGAGCACACGCAGGAGGCUAAUCUGCAAAAGGGUCACCGGGGAGCCGAAGCCUACCUCCGCUCACUCCGACCGCAGAAGGCGGACUUGAGCCCGGCGUGGCCAAAACAGAAAACCAUUCCACUGUACCAUCAGUGACUUCCUCCUUGAUUUCAUCAGUUAAGGGACAUGUAGCUGUAGUCCAUGUAAAAGGGGUGCGACGUGUGUGGAGACCCCAAUUUUGCCACAUACCCUACAGAUGUUGUUGCAAAAGCAUACAAGUUGACUCUUGCAUUCAGUCAAGUCCAGAAAGAAAGACUUCACCACAAUAAAGACGUCAAAGAAACUGAAAAUCAGCGAUCAGAUGUGACGGAGACGAGAGAUCUGACAUAUUUGGAGUGCUUUUGCGCAAUUAUUGCCACGCCGAUGCAUUCCCGAGUGGGGCUGAAUGACGUCAUCUGAGCGAAAUGCGGUUCAACGAAAACCUGGUUCAAGUUUUGCGCAGGUUUCUCCAAAUUUGGAAAGCCCCAGUCACCAAACAAUUUGAAAAUUUGAAAUUCAGCCAAAUGUUUCGGUCAAAAUAUGCCUCAAUAUUGUUCUCAAAACUCACUAAGGCGCUCACCUCUGUCACAAUCAAAAAGGAAUUUCUACAUAUUUUGCUUUUUUGUUUUGUUUUUCGGGGGAAAGCCUAAAAAAAAAAAAAGGUAUUUAAAGAAAAAUGUGAUGAGAAGAACAAAAGGAACACCUCACUUUGGGCCUUGUGAGGGGACUGCGAAACAUUUUUGUCACUUCACGCCAGAUCGAGAAAAUGGCGGCAAAGUGGAGUUGACGAUUGGUCGCGUUCAUUGGAUCUCCGAACGAGCAAAGUCUGAAGAACUGCUCAAGUUUUGCUGACGUCAGCUUCAGCUUCCUUGGCUGCCUGCUGUACGCGUUUGGCUGCGGGAAGAAGUGCCGCUGUCCCCUUCCAAGUUGCGUGGAGGAAUCCCAUGGCUUGGCACGUCGCUCCGCCACUGCAGGGAAACAAAGCAAAAGGCGUCCGCCGGCUCUUCAGCCCCUUGGAGUUCUAUAUGAAUAAAUCACGUGGUUUGAAGAGGCCAGCGCGAACAGGACUGAGUUGCAAUAGCUGUUGAGAAAACAAAACAGGAGAAUAAAGGACGUAAUAAGACAUCUGGCAUCACUAGCAAAGAGUGUCAGUCAGAAGGGAGAAAGACAAAAUCAGACACCCACGCUGUGGGCUACAACGCUUGACUAGAGAGCGAAAAAGAAAGAGGAGGCAGGCCAGCCUGUCAUUCAAGGCAAAACAGUGCCAAGCAGACAGAGCAGGACGAACGGAGCCAUGCGUAGACUUGGUGCAGUGCACUCCUCGGCGCAGGCUCUCAGCCUCGCGGUCUUGCCGCUGCUGCAGCUGCUGACUCAGCUGCCGGGCGCCCGCUCGGCUCUCAGGUACCGGGUGGCGGAGGAGGGGCCCCCCGACGUCAAGAUCGGCAACGUGGCCGCAGACCUGGGCCUGACGGCGGGUACGGGCAGCGGGGACGUCACCUUCGCCCUGGAAAGCGGCUCGGAGUUCUUCAAGAUCGACAACGUGACCGGUGAGCUGACGACGGGGCCGAGGCGCAUUGACAGGGAAAAGAUGCCCCAGUGCCAGAUGAUCUUUGACGAAAACGAGUGCUUCUUAGACUUUGAGGUGUCCGUCAUCGGCCCCCUCCAAAGCUGGGUGGACUUGUUUGAAGGCCGUGUGGUCAUAACGGACAUCAACGACAACACACCUUCCUUCCCCUCACCGGUGCUCCAGCUCUCGGUGGAGGAGAAUCGUCCAAUAGGCACGCUUUACCUGCUCCCCACGGCUACGGACAGGGAUUUUGGACGAAACGGCAUCGACCGCUACGAGCUGAUCCAAGAAGGCGCAGCUGGGGCGAGUUCGGCGAGACGCGCGGUGGGAGGAACUCCCAUUGGUAGAGUCGACGGGCUUGGGGAUAGGAGGGGUAGGAGUGGAGAUACUGUGGGAGGAGCCAGGAGUACUGUCUUUGAACUCCAAGUGGCUGAUAUACCAGACGGUGAAAAACAACCUCAACUCAUUGUCAAAGGUACGUUGGACCGUGAGCAGAAGGACUCGUAUGAACUGAUCCUGCGUGUCCGAGAUGGAGGGAACCCCCCGAGAUCAUCCCAAGCUCUGCUGCGGGUUUCCAUCACAGAUGUAAACGACAACAGCCCGCAGUUCGAAAGGCCCACGUACGAGGCAGAAAUGGCGGAAAACGCACCUCCGGGAACACCGGUACUGCAGGUGAGGGCUUCGGACCGUGACGUCGGCGUGAACGGCCAAGUGGAGUACGUCUUUGGAGCGGCCACAGAAUCGGUCCGACGGCUGCUGCGACUGGACGAGGCGACCGGAUGGCUGAGCGUUCUGCACAGAAUCGACAGGGAAGAGGUGGCCCAGCUCCGGUUCACGGUCACAGCCCGGGACAGGGGUCAGCCGCCACGGACCGACAGAACCGCAGUCAUUUUGGCAGUCCGCGACGAAAACGACAACGUCCCGGUUGUAGAGAUUCGAAAGAUCGGCCGAAUCCCAGUGCGAGAUGGCGCAGCGCUCGUACCUGAGAACGUUCUGGUAGACACGCCGGUCGCUCUGGUUCAGGUUUCGGACCGAGACCAAGGAGAAAACGGGGCUGUGACCUGUACAGUUGUUGGGGAUGUCCCGUUCACUUUGAAGCCAGCUGGCGAAACAGCUCUGCCACCCUUACCUGCGGAUGAAGCGUUUGACCGGAACAAAAAGAAAUUCUUCCUGCAUACGUCAGCCCUGCUGGACUACGAGGUCACCAAAGAGUACAGCGUCACCAUUGUUGCCGUAGAUUCUGGGAGCCCGAGUCUCUCCAGCAACAGUUCCCUGAUGGUGCGCGUUGUCGAUUACAACGACCACCCCCCAGUCUUCGCCCAAAGCGUAGUGGAGGUCCACUUUGCAGAAAACAACUCCCCCAAUGAGAGGGUCGUCACCGUGGUGGCCGCCGACGCAGACAGCGGCAAGAACGCAGAGAUUGCAUACACCUUGGACGCUGUUGCAAACGGGCCGUUUCACAUAGAUCCCGAUAACGGAGAUAUCCGUGCCGCUGGCGUCCUGGACAGGGAGCAGAGAGAGCGGUACGAACUCAAAGUUAUUGCCAGGGACAAGGGCAACCCCGCUCUCCAGGGAUCCGCGACCGUCGUCAUUCAGGUGACCGACCGCAAUGACAACGCGCCCAAGUUUGUCCAGGAAGUUUUUACAUUCUACGUCAAAGAAAACCUGCUCGCCAACAGCCCGGUCGGCAUGGUGACCGUGACGGAUGCUGACGAAGGUGAGAACGCAGAACUCGCACUCUAUGUAGAAAUGGACGGGCCAGGGGAGAAAACCGCGGUGGACAACGGAGAGAAGGAGCAGGAGGAGGUGUUCUCCAUUGAGAACAACACCGGCACCAUCUUCUCGACUUUGUCUUUCGACCGUGAGAAGCUUUCCGCCUACACCUUCCGUGUACGCGCAGUGGACGGAGGAGAGCCUCGCAAAACCGCCACAGCUACCGUCUCGCUCUAUGUGACCGACGAGAACGACAACGCCCCCUCCGUCACAUCUCCGGCCAACGAGUCCUACACGCUGCUCCCGCCCGCAAGCAGCGCCCGCACCGUAGUCCGAACCGUGACGGCCACAGACUCGGACGCGGGUCCAAAUGCGGACCUCCGCUACGCCUUGGUUGGGGGGAAUCCCUUCAGAUUGUUCGAGAUCGGCCACUCCAAUGGCGUGAUCACACUGGCGGAGCCGCUGGAGCGACGCCACAGAGGUCUGCAUCGCCUGGUGGUCCGGGUCAACGACAGCGGGACCCCCUCGCUGUGCGCCACGGCGCUGGUCCACGUCUUCAUCAACGAGAGCUUGGUCAACGCCUCCCUGGUCGACGCGCAGGUAAGCCGAAGCUUGUUAGCGCCGCUGUCGCUGGACAUCGCCGGGGACCCAGACAGCGAGCGCGCGUUAGGCAAGCAGCGCCUCAGCGUCGCCAUCGGCGUUCUGGCGGGGGCCGCAGCCGUCAUCCUGGUCAUCCUCCUCGUAGUCACGGCGAGGCAGUGCGGCGCUCAAGGCAAGAACGGCUACGAAGCCGGUAAGAAGGAGCCGGAAGAAGAUUUCUUCAGCCCGUCGGGGGCCCAGCCGCAGGUCGGCCGCGGCGGCGGCGGCGGCGGCGGCGGAUCGGACCGGGGCCGCAAAGCUCGGCGGGACAAGCGCAACGGAAACGGCGCUGGCGCGGCGGCCGGCCCCGGCAAGUCAGACAGGUCCCUGUACAGCGGUAUCGUCACCGUGAACGGGCUUCGGCGCCACGCCAACGAGGAGGAAGAGGACGAGGAUGUUAGCAGCGCCAGCGAGCGCCUCGCGGCCCGCUACUGCGCCGUGGACGGCGACCCCGGCAGCCCGAGGAUGGGCGGCGGCAGGCGCCACCAGUCCAGUCCGGACCUGGCCAGGCACUACAAGUCCAGCUCGCCUCUCCCCGCAGUCAACCUGCAGCCGCAAUCCCCUCCGGCCGAAGGGAAGAAGCAUCAAGCGGUGCAGGAGCUGCCGCCCUCCAACACCUUCGUGGGCAGCGGGGGCUGCGUGGGGAGCGCCGGCUCCAGCGGCAGCGGCAGCAGCAGCGGAAACGGGGACGCCAUGUCCCUGGGUUCGGACCAGUGCUCGGAGUACGGCUGCCAGACCGGGAACAAGUACAACAAACAGGGGACCCUCCGUCGGGUGACCUUCUCGGUGGUGAGCCAGGCCCAGGACGCCGGUUGCUAUGACAGCGGCCUGGAGGAUUCCGAGACCCCCAGCAGCAAGAGUUCAUCGGGGCCGCGCUUGGGAGUCCUGCCGUUGCCCGAGGAGGGUUACGAGCGCACCACGCCCGAGGGCAGCGUGGGCGAGGAGGAGCACGUGGAGAACGAUGCCAGGCAGCUGCCGGACGUGGCGCUCACGGGCAAGUGCACGCGCGAGUGCGACGAGUUCGGCCACUCGGACACUUGCUGGAUGCCCGUGCGGCCGUCCCCUCGCCAGCGCCAGCGCCACGGCAGCGACCCCCCGCGCCUCUCGACCUUCGCCCCCGGCGACGACAACAACAACCUGCGCAGGAACGAGCACGCCAGCGACAGCGAGAGCGCCGGCAGCACCGGCAGCUCGGAACCGGGGGCGGUCACGGCGGGAGAAGGUCAGAGGUUACCGCUGGUCAACGGCGACGCUCUGGGCACCCUGGGCGGAGCCAACAAGAACGUGGGCGACCACAAUCGGAACCUGCUCAACCGCAAGAUGACCUCGGCCUCGUACGACACCUUCAGCAGCGCCGGCUUCGGGAGGCGCCGUCAAGACGAGGAAGGGGGAGAAGCGGGCCAGAACCCGGCCGAGGUCAUCCCGCUGACCCGGACUGGGGCGGACUACAAGACCGCGUCCUGCCUCACCUUGUCGCGCCGCGAGGUCUACCUGUGACCUCGCCCGCCCCCCCCCCCCCCCCCCCCCCCGCCGCGCAGCCUACGCGGCACUUUGCAGGAUGGCAAAAAAAAAAUCUUGCUCGGUUCCCCCCGCCCCAAAGUUCUGCGUGCAUCAGAAACUUCUGGAUGCGAAUAUUUAUAUCGAGGCCCUUCAACUUCAGCCGGUGAGAGAGCGACGAUUCGGAGCGCUCCUGCCGGGAGUACCUGCUUCCUUUCAACAACAACAAAAGAAACCAAACGAGAAGAAAAAGUGAAAACGGCCCGCGGGCGAUGAUUUUAUUACCUUCGCGUGGGGGAGGAGGAAGACUUCAUCUUCUCUUUCGUUCCUUUUUUCUUUUUCUUUUUGGUUUCUUUUUUCCCUGAACCCGUUGCAUGCCUGACCUUCCGCCACUGAGGCGACCGUGUGAACAACAACACAGCGAGAACGCCGUCCAGGCUUCUCCGCAAAAGAAAACUUUCGAGACUUUCGCGUCCAGUCACGUUCCAUAACCGGGAGCAGGACUCACGUCUUUUUCCACGUUUAGUAACGCCACGCUUAAAAAAAAAAAAAAAGAGUCAAAGUGCAGAAGCGUCGCAUUAUAACAGAAGACUUUAAGAAUAACGCUAUAAAGAAUAAAACUUUUCAUUGGAAAAAAAACGACCAAAAUAUCGUAAAGGUACGGGAACGAGGUCGUAUUAUUAUAAUAAAUUGAAAAAAGUGAAGGGGGGGAGGAAGUGAAUUUGUCAUUUUAAUGAGGAAGUCGGCGACCGACAUCUGCAGUCGGAUAAUAUCGUCAAAAAGAUUCAUCGUUGUUCAAGCGAUGAAGUUAUUUUCAGUGUGGUUGGAGUUCUAGCUCAGGAACAGGCGGACUUUAUUAAUAUACAGUCAUAAUAAACUAAAAUGAAGACUUUUGGGGUGGGGGGUCGGAACAUUAUCGCCUUUUUUCCAAUAAAAAUGGAGGUUUUCCCCAAAUAUUACAUCAUAUUAUUCCUGUAAAAAUGAGACUUUUUUUUUUUUUUUAGUGUGGUUCCAAAAGUUGGUCAAAAGGUACAAGUACCGUAAUUCCGGCCUAUAAGCCGCAACUUUUUUCAACCCUGCGGUUUAUGCGGCGAGGCGGCUACUCUGUGCAUUUUUUUUCUAACGGCCGCAAGGGGGCACCUGAGCGGAAAAAGUAAGAGUGAGACCGGUGGAAUAUAUGUGCCGAGGAUGUGACUUUUACCGGUCUGGCCCUAUUAGCGCUGCGCUAGCGUGUUACUGCCGUGUCACAGUGAUUUUUACUGUUAUGUUUUUUUUGUUGUUUUUUUUAUAACCGGCCCUGUUAGCACGUCGCUAGCAUUACCGUCAGUACGGUGCUAGCGUAGCAAUAGUGGUGGCUUUUAGCGCGGUGUUAGCAUUAGUGUUAGCAUUAGUGCGGCGCUAGCGGUGGCGUUAGUGCGGCGUUAAUGUUAGUGCGGUGGCGCUAGCAUUAGCGCGGCGGCGGUAGCGUUAAACUCUCUGCGUAGCGUCUUUCUUUGUAAAUAUCCCGUGUUUCAAUGUGGGCACACAGCUGCGGCGCAUGUAUGUACCAAAUGGUAUUUCCUUUCCAAAUGUACCGCGUGAGGCUCGCAACCAGGUGCGCUCUGUAGCCCGGGAAUUACGGUACAUUUAAAAACCUUGAGGAGGACUCCACUUUUACAGCGCUGAGACAUACUUUGCACCUUGACGGAUAAAAACGGACUGGAACUGAACUACAAUGUCGGACAUUGUACCAACGAUUACGUGUACAGCGACAUGGCAAAUAUUAACGAUGAUCUCAUUGAUCCUUAAUGCGAGUUUGCCUUUAUUUAUAAUAGCAGAGUGCAACAAUGUUGUUGUUGUUUUUAUGAUCCAAUGUAACCACUCAGAACACACGGCAUCAAUCAUAUGACUUGCCUUGGCAACCAGCCUGUUGUGUGGCGCAAAAGCAGCCGGCGUUCCGCACUUCCCCUCCGUGACCCCGUGACCCCGUGACCCCCUUUCCACAUCCCCCGCAAUCCAUCGUCGAGCGACGACGUUGUAACAUAAAGACGACGAGCGCUCGCGUUUCACGCCGGAAACGAGCGCGCCGACGUUCGUUAAGCGCAACGCUUGACGCUGGAUCCCCUCUGGCCGAUAUCACGGCCUAACCCCCCCCCCCACCCACCUCAAAAAAAUGUAUUUAAAUCUCACCCAUUCCAUCUCCUGUAUAUAAUAAUACAUUAGCCGACAUAUUCAGCAUAGUGUAAGUAGGAUUCGUAGGGGAAAAGGACAUGCAUGAAAAAUAAUAUUGCUAACCACUAUUUUGCUCUUCAAAAAAAAAAAAACCAACAACAACUUUUGGAAGAAGAUUUUAAUAUUUAAAGCGUGGGAGGUGACCCAAAACCCACCUGGAAUUCAAGCAGCCGCCUUUCUUUCUUGUUUUUUUUCGCGGAGCGGACGGCGCGCCCGCUUUUCCCGUGCCGGUCCUCGCGGCCGCGGAUCCGGGCCAGCGCGUCUUAAUUGUCGGGAUAAUAGGUUUAGCGCGUCCCUGCGGUCUUGAUGAGUUCCUUUUCUGGCUCCUCUCCUCCCUUGAUCUGCGCCUAUCUUAUUACGAGCGUCUCAAUAUGUGAAUGUAAGCGGAAAUUGUGUGUGUGUGUGUGUGUGGGGGGGGGGGCUUUUCCAAGGUUACGCCGCAGUUUAGACGAGAUUCCGACGGAGGAUGACGUGCAGAUGCAACGACGGCAUCGAAGUUGGAACGUGUGCGUGGUGACACUUUGUACAUUUGUGUAUAUACCCUUGACAUGAACAAAUAUGUCACACGAACCCGCCCCGCCCCGCCCCCUCCCUGAGCGUGACUUUCAUUCUUCUUUAUGUGCAAAUCUUCUGGGAUUUUGCCCCGACGGACUGAGGCCCAAUCAAUCUUACGUACCGACCUGGAUUGUUUGAAAUGGUCGUCGGAGACGAUGAACUUUUUUUUGCUGUUAUUGUUGUUGUUGUUGGGCCCCCCCCCCCCGACCCCUCCCCAACUCUGCUUUUUCAAACUGCUGUUUUAAGGCAGUUUCAUUAUUGCACCUUUCAAAAAGAACUUCCUGUAAAUGAUGAUCUUCAGCGUGGGUGUGUAUCUUCCUCUUUUUUUUUUUUUUUUUUGAUAAUAUACUGCACGUUUAAAGAUGUUUGACUCCUGCAAAAACAAGAGGGGGCCGAUUUGUCCGCGGAUGAGACGUCGCCUUUGUGCUUUUUCUCUGAUAGCCAUGUACAGAUGAAAGUACGCCGUAGAACACGCGAGUGGAUCCCAUAACGGACAAUGGCAUGCUUAAAGCUCUACAAAACUGCACUUAACGAUGAAAAAAAAAUAAUAAUAAUAAUAAUAUGUAGAAACGCGAGGAAGAAUUUUUGGUUUCUUUUCUUACGCGGCCGGCGGCUCACAAUUUUUUGCUGUUUCCUUCCUCUUAUGACGACAUAAAGAACUAAUCGCAUUUGCUAUGGCAAGAAUGAAAAGGACCUGUCGGCACACGGUUUGGUAUGAAGACAAAUCCUGUAAAAGUUUGAAUUUGACAUUAAAAACGUCGAACACGCGCACGUCUGCUCUUUGAGACUUUCACGCGGCGGCCGUUUGCGCUCUUGACGUGCUCACAAAGCGGCCAAGUGAACAAUUACGCGAGCCGUCUUUUGUGACGCCGAGUUUGACUUGUUGCUUUUUUUUUUAACGAAAUGCUUCAAAUACGUUUGAAGGUAAGUGCGGAAAAUGUGUAAGACUGAGAAGAGAUUAGUACUGAAACUGUAGCAAUAAUAAAUGUGAAAUUCCUCAUCUCAGCUUGACCUUGAGGGGGCGGGACUAAAAAUCGACCCCCUGUGACCCCCUGUCACCCUUACUUGUGGCUACACAGUAGAGCCUCGGCUCUCGACCACAAUCCGUUCAUCGAAGGCCGAUUUGUUCAAAAGCCGUGCGCGUUAUGUUAUUUCCGUUUUUGUUUUUUCCGGGGUUCGUUCCAAUUGACAACAGCAAACCGUGUCACGGGUGGUUCAGCUGGUCGGGCCCUGCCCAUUCUGUUACUUCCGGGUCUUUUCGGCAGAUUGGGAAUUCACAACAAAACGGGUCGUGGGUCAGCUGGUCUGGCCGCACGCAUUCAGUUAUUCCCGGGUUUUGUUUGGGGCAUUCCAGCACCGAUUUUCGUUCCAAAAUAGAAGCAAAAAAAAAAUCAAGAACAGGGACGUCCGAGAACCGAGGCUGUACUGUACUUUCUAGCAUGAUCCCUCCCCUCCUGUAUAAACACCAAGAAGAACUCGGGCCUUGCUCGGCCAUUCGGCAGAAUUGCCCAUUCCUCAUUUUCUUAGAACUGAGACCCAUUACCGCCAGUGUGGCACCCAUUGAAACAUGCCUACAACCCGGGAAAAAGACACAUCUUCUCUCGAGUGUGAUGUGUUAAGAGGUUAUUUGGGGAACCUAAUGGGAUCCGUGGCCCCCUUUCGGCCCGCUGCAA